CUUCACGAAAGAUACGAGAUCAUUACAGUUUACGGUAAUUUAAGUGAAAACGCGGUAAAACGUGUUACGAAUAACAGUUCCACGAAAGAAAGGCGCAAGAAAUCAUUCGCCUUAAACGGAAGAAAAAUACUUGUCGAGUUCGUAACGCAAUGUAAUAACGGUUCCAACGAUUUUUCACGUAGCCUCAGUGGAUCACUAGGUUUUCCAACCACGUCGUCUGGUUCACUUUUUGCCAAAGUUUCCACGCAACUGUUCCAGAAACGUGACGGCUAACCGGCGGUUAAUUAAUUUCUCGUUUCUUUUCUCCUCUAAUCGAGUAACGUCGUCCGUGUUUUUAACGCGGAUGCGCGUCGAUUCUCGAGAUUGUUAUCGCGACAAAUUGCAGAGCAACCGCGAAACGACAAAUCAAUCUGACGUUUGGUAUGCGACAGGCAGAAUUCGAAUUCAUACGGGGCGCCGUUACUUUGACUGCAAGAAACUUUUUGCGCGAUGAAAGGUGUAAUCGGUGUUCAAGAUGAAUAGCCGGGGGCAUAUGCGAGGGGACACGCAGGAACGUUUCGUAGGAGCUCCUUCUUUUCCAUUCGAGUGCGCAAACGGUCGCGACGCGAGUGUGAGAAUCCUCGAGACACCGACGACGCUGACGGUGACGACGACAGUGACGUUAAUGACGUUAACGACAACGUACGACGAUGCAGCGAACCGAUAACGUCGCACGAAACGUAACAGGAACAAGCGUAGCGUUAUCGGUAACGAGACUUUAAUUGUGCACCCGCGCGAAGUAACACGAUAUAAUUAACGCGCGCGUUAAUUAAACGAAAAUUCGGAAUACAUUUACGGUGGGAGUACAUGUAAAACGCGUUCGAUUCGCCAUCGAAAAGGAACGAUUCUAACCAUAGACUAGCUUCAACAUGAAACGAGCCCGCGUAUAAGUCUCGAGAAUAAUUUAUGAAUCUGCAUACCGGGAUAUCUUAAUAAAGUCGCGUCGUAAAGAGGCGCCUUAAUCCUUUUACUCUUCGAGGAAGCACGGCACGCAGCUAUUUAAUAAAUGCUCUCUUCGAAGGGUGGUUGGCCAGGCCCCGUAAUUACGCAAGUAUGAACACAAUCGCGGAGGUAAAGACAAUGCAGGGGAUAUCGCGAUAUCGGUGAGACAUCGCUGAAGAAAAAUUUCUCAUUGUCCGUGGAAUGUGGGCGUAUCGGGAAAGAUAUCUUGCAGAUACGAAGAAGGAUUUCGCUUCUAAAGAACUACGCGUAGCGGUUUAUGGAGCACGCGCUGUCAAUGUAUAUAUUAGUUAUUUAGGUUAAUCGUGUAAAAGACCAGUGGAACACUUUAAAUCUAAUUGCAACAAAGUAAUCGUAUUCGCGAUGUUCCAACAAGAUUAAAAACAGAUAAACCUACGAUCCUCUGUGCUUCUAACGGAGAUUAACAGAGCAUUUAAUGCUGUUAAUUGUGAUCGAGUUAUAAAGAAACUUGCCAACUCGCGAUGUAAUGAUUCAACGUUUUAAGUUCAGUGAGUUUGAUAAUAUCAAGAAAACCGACGUUAUUUGUGCAAAAAUUUGUUAGACCGAAUUAAAAGUUGUGAAGAUCGUGAAACUAGUUGCAUCGCACGCUGCGAGAAAAUGGGAAACGUACGAUCGCAACCUUGUCGACGAGGUAAACCUCACUACCUGUUCUACCUUAUCCACAAAACAUGGAACAUCGUAGCUGACCAACGAAAGGAACACGAUCGUUCUGACAAUACCGACCAGGAAACUGACUUAUCGUCGAGAUGCUGUGAUUGCAAUGGCUGCGACUACCGACAAGACAGUCUUAUCUUCGACAGCGAGACGGACAUGGCUCCGAACGCAGAGGAGGAGUUACUGGUGGUAAAACCAUGGGGACCGCAACCGGAAAAGGAGCGAUUAAGACCGCCCACGUACAACGCGGAGGACUACGCGAUCGCCUUGAGACGAUGGGGAAGACGUCCAUUAGGAAGUGUUCAAGACUCGCAGGGCACCUUGCCGUCGACAACCAGUUCGAGUUCCGGUUACGCUUCCGGAAGCGGCGAGAUGACCUUGAGACAAUUCACGUCGGUCAGCGAGCUUCUGAACAAGCUCAGAGCUGACCUGAGGCUGGCAUUUCCAAGUUUUGUCCAGGAAUUCGCUUCACCACCCGCCGACGGGAUUACUUUGCUACUGGAAACACUUCGAGGCGUACAACUUGCCCAAAGUUCACCACCCUCUUCCGGUCACACGGGACCGAGAGUCGGCACUAGAAGAGCUGCUCUGGACGAGUUGGGUUGCGUCGAGUGCCUGGCUGCAUGCGCGGAACGAUGCACAGAUGCACCGAGGCUCCUGGUGCAAGCUCAACCGGGUCUUCUUGCUCUGGCAGUUUGUCUGACUAGUAGCUUGAACCGGUCCCGAGUCCUCGCACUCCAGCUGCUGACGAAGGUUUGCCAGACUCCCGGUGGUCACGCGGCCGUCUCGGAAGCCGUAUCGACUUUGAGGCUAAAAUACGGCGAAGGCGGAAGGUUCCGGUUCCUCGCUGGCGCACUCCUCGCUCCCAGAGCAGCGAUUGCACUGAGAGUCGCAGGAGUUUCCUUCCUGAACGCCUUCCUGAAGUCUGCUCCGCGAACCCAAACAAGACUGUACAUUCAGGCCGAAGCCUGCGAAGCUGGAUUAGAGCCGCAGGUCCUUCAAGAGUGGCUGAAAGAAUUGGACGGCAGAGAGGAGGACGCUUUGAACGAUCUUCUACAUAAGGAGGUUCAGAAAUGGACGCACAACUGCGUGGAUGUGGACGCCCUGCAGCGAAGAGUCGUACGUGCCGAGGAAACUUGUAGGAUUCUCAGCAAAAAGGUUUCGGCGCUGCAGACUCAGCUACAGCAGCUGCAGCUGGAAAAGCUGAACAAUUACAACCUCGAGGAUCGUGAGAAGAUGACGUUGCUUGGCACGAAACAGUCACCGAAGGUGUCCUCGAACGCCGAGGACGAGGGUAUCAGCUCCUCCGAGAGGUCGAGUAGUCCAGAGAACACGAAACACCAGUCGAGAUCCAAUCACCCGAAGAUCAACCCGUCCCCGGAUAACGAUCAGGAAACGACGAUAGAGGACGUGAUCGAGGAACUGAGGAUCAUCGUGAAGGACGCGGAAGAGGAAUUCGGCGACAAGAAUCAUGAACAGACUCGGAUCGAUCGUGUAGCGGAUCAAGACUUUGCUCGCAACGAUCACAGAGCUGGCUCCAAGAUUUCGCUCGAUAAUUCCGAAGCUUAUCUGUACGACAAAGUGUUGAAAAGAGAUCAUCAGACCGAUCCAAAGAUCCCGAAGUCUAACACGGAUUCCAAUGUGUCUCAAACCGUGAUCAAAGGCGAACAGGUUACCUAUUUCGGCAAUGAACGUGAUUAUAGCAUAGACUCGAAUAGUACUAAGCGAUUGAAUGGCGAAACGCGACGAGUUUCGAAAUCUUCCGUGGAAGGGAGCGUGAAGAUCGUCAUAAAAGGACCCGACGUCGAAGAAGCGAUCGUCCCAACUAUUCUACACCCCCAACCACCCAGAAGAUCGCCACCAUGUUUGUCGGCUAUAAUGGCUGUCAGGCACUGCGAUUUCAUCGACCACGAGGAACCGUACAAUUCUCAUGACGAGGAUAUCGAAGAGGAAACUCUGGGAGACGGUAGCGAUUCUCUUCUCAGCGCUUCUCGACUAAAGUAUAACGGCAAGAGUCAGCCAUAUGACGAACAGAUCAGAAACACGGGCGUGGAUCACUUUCAAAAGCAUUGUAAAAAAGAAACGGAACACUGCAGUGAAAUUAAGGCGAAGAAAUCCUUGGACGAUGUCCGGCAUCAUUUCGGUGAAAACGAGGCGAAAGACAAAAAACCGAUACGGAAUUAUGAAAGUUCGUGCAGCGGGAAGAAUAGAAGCAACGAGUCGAGAUCGAGCAGCAAACAGACCGAUGGGUUCGCGCAAAGACACGGAUCCAAGUACAGAAGCGAAGUAGAGAAAAGGAAGCUUCUCCGUAGAUCGUCGAGUCACGAUUACCUCGAGUCCAGUGCCUCGAGUCCGCGCUCGAAGAGAUCCUCAAAAAGCAGGGUCGAGAGUCACAUAAGGAAAUUUGAAAGUCUCAAUUCGUUCGACGAGCACCGCAGUCUGCGAAGUUACGGAAGACCGGGUAGCUCUGAGAAUUUCAGCAAAGAGGAGCAAUUUUUCGGGGAAGAGAAUUCGAGGAACAGGAUGCGUAGGUCCGAAUCCUUCCAUCACGUAUCCCACGUUUCUAGGAAAGAACGAUGCUCCUCUCAAGGAGGAAGUGACAGCGGAUUAUUCUACGUGACCGACUUCAACCUGGAUCCCCUGGUAACUCGAAAACCGAGAUCCGUCGAUGCCCCAAAGUCUCCCAGUUUGUUGACCAAGUCUUUGGAUAGAAUCGACGAAGGUUUGGAUUCGAUGGUGGAUAUCGUGAUCACGGAGGAGAAAAAUCAAUGGAAUUCGAACAAGUAUCAAUCGAAAACGAAGAAAUCUCGGCAAGAAAGACAACUGGUUAGAUCGAAAUCGGGUAGAUUGGAAGAAUCGAGGAGUUGUUACGAACUUGAAUCAAAAGAAAAAAUGGAGGAAUCAAGGAGCAAACAUUUGAGGAACGAUGAAUUAUAUUCUGGACACGUAAAUAACAAACAGCUGAGAAGCGACGAAUUGUACGAAGAACAGAGAAAUCGGGAAUGGAAUUGUCAGAAUGAACAAAACUCUGUCAGAAAGAACGAAUUAAACUUGAGUUGUACCCCUAUGAUAUUAACGAAAAACGGCGUAAGACACAAUUCUUUCAGCCAAAACGAGAGUAUUGGAAAUAAGUUUUCAAACAGAUCCACCGAUUCCGGUAUUUUUGCUGGUCGAACUUAUGACACUUUUGGUCUGGGGAAAAAUCGAUUCAAUGCUGGCAAAUAUUCAGGAAAUCGACAAGUGAAGGAAAGUCCUACCGGGAGAAGAAAUACUACUCCAUCGAUUAUUGGAAAUCGUGGAAAGGUCACUGACGUUGUUUCAGGACUUUAUUAAUAUUAAAUUUGUACUUGAAAUAUUGUACAGUAUUACUAAAAUGUAUUCUUGUACAGAUUUUAUACCUUCUAAUGUCUUGUAGAUGUUGAAAAUAUCUUUCAUCGAAUUCGAUGCGAGCAAACAUCGAAAGUGAAAUGUAAUAUCAUGUAGCUUUUAAUAGUUGUCUCGAUGAAACCAAUACGAUACUUGAGUGCAAUAUGUAGAAGUAUUAUCGGCAAAAGUUGAACACUUAAUUUAUAUUGUAAUUAAUUCUGUUAAUAAUUGCGGUAAAUAUAUACCAGUUUUCAUAAUGAAGAUACAUACAUACGUGUUUCGGUGAUGGACCAAUUACACGAUUUUAAUCGGCUAUACACGAAUAUAUUGUAUACAUAUGUAUCUUUUUGUAACUACUAUAUCGCGCUAAAGACUGUAAUUUAUAAACACUUACAAGAACAUGAACAUAAUAUUUCUGAAGUAAUGCAAAAACCAAUUCAUUCGAUUUACUCACGCUGAAAUAAAAUUGUAAGUAUCUUUGAAAUUUAAUAAAAUUGUUGCCUUUAAUACUGCAUAGCUUUCUUCGGGAUGAAAAU